AUGGUGCAUCUGUACGAUGCCUUUGCCUUUCCCAUCGUGCGGGAUCAGCUCAUCGCCAAUACGGUGCUGGUCGCCUUUGCUACCGUCGCUCUAGUUCUUCGGUUCGUCUCGCGACAUAUCCGGCAGAGUAACAUCUGGUGGGACGAUGGCUGCUGUGUAGGCUCCAUGCUGCACACAUACGGCAUGCUGGCAAUGCACUACCACUACGCUCGCGUCGGGAUGCGCCGCCACGUCACAGAAAUCCCGGGGGAAAACAUGGUGGCCAUCCUCAAGAUGCUGAUCGUCUACCAAGUCGUCUACUACAACGCAAUGGUCCUCGCCAAACUGAGCUACCUCUUCUUCUACCUGCGCAUCUUCGUGACCAAGGGUUUCCGCAUCGCGGCCUGA